GGCUCUGUCUUGGGAUGGCCACACUUGCCUCCUGAUGUCUGCAUCACCCUCUCCCAGAACUUGUCCAGCCAGCUUGUUUUGUCUUGUUUUCCGAGAAGCUCCAGCCCCAGGAGUUCCUGUUUUCCCUCCCACCCUGACUCUCUGUCACCUCCACCCCAUGUGUUUUACUCAUCACUGAAAUGGGCCUGUUGACUGUCCAUAAGCUCCAUUACAGCCAGGAUGUUUCCAGCCACUGUGCAUCCUUGGUACCUAGAACAGCAUUUGGUCCAUGUAUGUGCUCAGGAAGACUCCAUGAACUGGCUCUGAGCACUGGCAAGGAGGCCUGGGAAAUGUAGUUUCUGGCUGGGCAGCUGCCUCCCAAGAACACUACCACACAGCUGUGUGGCAACAGCUGUCCUGACCAAACCUGGAGAGGCUCCAACCUCACCGGGGAGAAUUGUGCUCCUGGUUCCAUAAAGGCUGUCAUUGGACAGCUGGUCCCUGGCUCUCUGCCCCUUCUGCACCAAGACUAGCUGGAACAGUGCUCUUGAUGGAAAUGGACAGUCGUUCUGCCUGGGGCUAUGUUGGCACAGGAGGGAAGCAGAGCAGGACUUGAGUAGCUGGACAGAUGACCCUGCUGGACAUGUGAGGAAGGAGAGCUGGAAUGGCGACUGUCCUGGCGAAAGCUGAGCCCCAGGGAGGCAGAGCAAAGCCGCCUGAUCCCCACCUGUGCUCUGCCCACCCCUGCCCUCUUGACAUGGUCUGCCCUGCCAGCCUCCAUUCUAGGAAGGGGCAUAGUUGGUGAAAUGGGCAGAGAAAAUAAGGGCAGCAACAUUUAUGACUCACUCGUGCAACUUUCAGAGCAAACAAGCCCUGAGCUGUCAGGAAAGUGAACAGCAUGGUAUAAACAGCUGGUUAUCUCAGAGGAAACCUAAUUCAGACACCAAGAUAGUUUAAAAAGAAAAACCUGAUUACACUGCUUGAGAUUUGAGAUAACUUUUACUUAAAAGAGGCUGCUAUGGAAAAGGUACAAUCAAAAUGAUUUUCAGUUAAAAAAAUCAUUGGUCUAAGUUCAGUAGAAGUGAUCAGAUAACUCAAAAAAAUUUAGUAACCUUAGCGGUAAAGAACUCUGUGUUUAGUAAAAAGGCAAAGAUGAAGACUGAAUAGCCUUGAGGUGAGGUGUGGGCUGAGGAUCCGUUGAGGACUAGCAUCCAUGUGCCCUUGGACAAGUCCCCGGGGCAAACGGGCAGACACUGGCAAGGAUGUGCAUGGGCGCAGGGGCUCCUGGGUGCAUAUAUCCUGUAAAACGGCAUUCCUAACAUAAGAAGACUUCCAAGAUUACCUAAAAGGAAAGAGUGAAAUUGCCUGUGUGGGAUUGGCUAGAAGUUAGCCACAACUACAGUUAGAAGAGGAUUUUUGAACCUAGCAUAUCUGUGCUAAUAAGAAAGGAAACUUCCUGUCAGUAGGAAGUGAAUCCCAAAGCGAGGUUAGGUGGGCCUGGAUCUUGCGUGUUAUCGGGCUUACUCUGCCCCUACAGGGCUUGCUGUCCCUGGUGAAGGUGACCUGUGAAUCCUCCCUGCCUUGGCAAAGCUGGCCACGCCUUUCCUGGUGGCGCCUGCAGGCGGGACAGUUAAGCUGGGUAAGGUCUGCCUUCUUCACACAGACCUGCUUCCUGAGAAACGGAGGAGAGGGCAGGGGGUUAGAAAGGGCCAGCAGCGGGGGCUUGGCAGGGCCAGUCUCAGGUGCAUUGGGAGGAAGAGAGGCAGGUGGCGGCAACAGGACAGAGGCGUCCAGAUGGUGGCUUACACGAUGGUCAUUUCUGCUGUUUUAACUUGAGUUGGUUUUUGACGAUUUAUGAAAUCUUCAGAUUUGAUGAUUAAGUUAUUUUUCCCAUUAGUCUUUAAUUUUCAAAACUGUAGUUGCUAAAAACAAUUUUGGCAUGUUUUAUAAUUUGCCAAAUUAUGGGAUAUAGAUCUUAAUCAUACUUGUUUGUAAAUAAUUUUUAGUUUUGUAAAACUGGUAGCUCUUCUGAAAUGAAAAUUUUUGCUAAGUUCCCUUUUCAUUUAAAGCCUUCAGUGUUCCUGUGCUCUCUCAGUCCACAUUGGUGUGUGGUUUUGACCUUGGUACAAUUCUGUGCCAACUGCACUGAACUGCAUGGUCAUGGCUUGUUGCCACGUGGUUGCUUUUGCCUGGGACACACCCCCUGCCUCUGCCUGUGCCCCCCUCGCUUCCCAUCUCAUGCAUACCUGGGCCGUGUGUAGUCUCCCCAAGGCCCAGGUGAGAGGGUAUAAAUGUCCUCUUCCCUCAGUGUACAGGUACUCGUCACCUGCUCACUUUUGCUGUCUGCACACCUGUCGUGGGGGAAAUGUUACCGAUAUUCCAACGUGUUUGACAACUGUUUAGGUUUUGCCGGACACCAGGUACUGUGCCAUGAGCACACACGCAUCUCACAGCAUCCUGGUCUCUGCCCACAGGGACCAGGGACAUGUGUCCGCACUGUGUGCUGGCGGCUGGAGUGUGUGCACUGCCUGCCAUGCCUCUUAGGAACAGGGCAGAGAAUAAACUUGCACCUUGUGUGGGGACAGGAGAAUGUCAGAUGAUCUUUGAACUUUGGGAAGCUGAUGAGCUGAGGGGUCUGCCCAGGAUUACUGGAAUCAUGCAGCACAAGGAAGUGUUACCAGCAGGGAGGUGCCGUGCAGGAAGCAGGCAUGCAGGAGGCGGUGCAGCAGAGCGAAGGCAGGUGCGUUUUGAAACCUGCCCGAGUAGCUGCUGGGCAAGUUACUAUCAACAGUCAGUUUGUUCAUCUGUAGAAGGAGGAGUAAAUAACUGAUGACCUCAUAGGGCUGUUGUGGAAAGCAGAUAAUGCUUGUGGAACGUUUAGUAUUAUUCUUGGCAAACAGUACUUGGGGGUAUCAACCAUUUUUACCGAAAGGGAACAGUCACAGUUUUACUGGAGGUGGGAAGGUCAGCAGGGCCUCAGGGGGCCCAGCUUCCGAGGAGCCUCUGUCACCCUCCAAGGCCUGGUCCCGACGCCCCUCGGCCUGGGAGCCCGCCUCCCCGUUAUCGGGCUGCCUCCAGCGGGUGGGGCAGGCCUGGCCGGUCCCCUUAGGCCUCUCAGUGCUGUCGGGACCUGGGCUGCUCUUCAGGACGCGCCACCGCCACGUGGGGGAGACUGGCAGCUCAUUAACGAAAUGAAAACCACUGAAACUUACCAGCACCGAGAUUCACUUCUGUCCUGUUACCUCUGUUGGUGAGCCUGAGGGCUUGAAUGUCCAGCCCUUCUGCACCAGGCCUGUGUUUUCUGCCCCAGUCAAGCACCACAAUGAGUGUGGACGCAGUGAACUCCACCACUGUCUUUGAUUUAAAUGAGGAUUAUUUUGGGUUGACUAAUACUUCUGACUAUUCAGUUGAAGAUGACACAUUACUCUGCUCCUUGCAGGAGGUCAGGCAGUUCUCUGGGCUAUUCGUGCCCAUUGCCUACUCUGUGAUAUGUGUCUUUGGCCUCCUGGGCAAUAUCUUGGUGGUGGUAACCUUUGCUUUUUAUAAGAAAGCCAAGUCCAUGACAGACGUCUACCUCUUGAACAUGGCCAUCGCAGACAUACUGUUUGUCCUCACGCUCCCGUUCUGGGCUGUUAACCAUGCUGUUGGUGAGUGGGUUUUCAACAAUGCCCUUUGCAAGCUGAUCGCAGGCAUCUACACUGUCAAUUUCAACUGUGGAAUGCUGCUCCUGGCCUGCAUCAGCAUGGACCGCUACAUUGCCAUUGUGCAGGCCACCACGUCCUUCAGGCUGCGCUCCAGGACACUCGCGCACCAUAAAACCAUCUGUUCCGCAGUGUGGGUGGUGUCCAUCCUGAUCUCCAGCUCAACCUUCACAUUCAACCAGAAAUACAACGUGCAGGGCCGCGACGUGUGUGAGCCCAGGUACCACACGGUCUCGGAGCCCGUCAGGUGGAAGCUGCUCAUGCUGGGGCUGCAGCUCCUCUUCGGUUUCUUCAUCCCACUGGUGUUUAUGGUGUUUUGCUACGUGUUCAUUGUCAAGACCUUGUUGCGAGCUCAGAACUCCAAACGGCACAAGGCCAUCCGUGUGAUCAUAGCCGUGGUCCUCGUCUUCAUGGCUUGCCAGGUCCCGCAUAACAUGGUGCUCCUCGUGACUGCUGCAAACCUGGGCAGAAUGACCCGCUCCUGCCACAGCGAGAAGCUCAUUGGCUACACCAGGAACGUCACCGAGGUCCUGGCUUUCUUGCACUGCUGCCUCAACCCCGUGCUCUAUGCGUUCAUCGGUCAGAAGUUUAGAAACUACUUUCUGAAGGUCAUGAAGGACCUGUGGUGUGUAGGAAGGAAGCAGAAGUCACCGGGCUUCGCCUGCUCCAGGCUGCACUCUGAAACCUUCAUCUCCAGGCAGAACAGCGAGGCUGUGGACAAUGAGAACGCUUCGUCCUUCACUAUGUGAUGCCCUGAGCAUGUGCCGUGGGUGUGCUAGCAGGUGGGAGCGUGGGAACUGGACAAGCUGCCUUCUCUGUGAGGUCAAGACUGCACCAUCUCCCCAUGGGGUGCAGUGUGCACCCCAGUCGCCUGGCCAGGAAGGCUGUGACUCUGAAGUACCUUACAGCUCGCAUUUCACAGAACAGGCUUUGGGGAAGGCUGACUUAAAGUGAAUUGCUUACAGACAUGAAAAUUUUCAGAGACAGUCAUGAAGCCACUCUUGACUGCAAUUUCUUUGGGUUGUAGCAAAAAAAAAAAAAAAAAAUCACAUGGUCUGAAAAAAACCAAAACAGAAAAAAAGAAAGACCAAAUAAAAGCCCUUGCAUGACUCCUAUUAGGCAAAAGGUUAAACAUCUUAUCCAUUGGAAUGUUUACUCUUGACAAUCACAGGCAGCAGGAUGGACUGGCUUGAGGUCUAUCUCCUUUCCCCUUGGUGGCCUCAGCAAGAAUGAGACUGUAAAAAAGCACAGGAGUUCACGAGCUGGGAAAGCGUGUGGGGAGACAGCGAGGUGGCCGGACAGCUACUAGGGGCGAUUGUUACCAAGGGCAAGGCGACAUCAGGAAGGUGUCUAUUUGCUCUUUUUCCCAGAGAAAGUGGUCUCUGUGAUAGGUCAUGCUUCUCCAGAAACCCAUCAGACCGGGAUGCAUGGGGCAUAUAGAAGGGGCUUAAUAAAUACUUAUUUAGCAAAGUGUACUGAAUAGGAAGCUAUAGAGAAGCUUAAAGUGUAAACAAUUUCUUUCUUUAAGUAGACAGCUUUUUAAAAAGAAAAAGGAAACUUUACUGAGACCAUGUGGAAAGAGCUUCCAUUGCCAUAGGGGAGCCGAAGGUGUGGACAGGACUGUGGUCACCACCAGCCUCAAACUACCUGGCCGACAGUGGGUACCAUGUUGGUGUCUGCUGCUGGUUUGAAUACCAAAAGUCUGAGGUUAGCUAUGGAAUCUGAUUUUAACAACUCUCUUCAACUUCGUAGAAAGUUCAUAGGACUCACGUUUUGAAAGUGCUGUGUAAAUAUAUGAAUACAAGUGGAAAAAUAUCGAUACGUAUUACAAAAACACAAACGCAUAUUAGAAACGUACCAAAGAUACGUUUUUGCAAAGAUUGCAAAGAUAUGGAUGAGUAACCUUGACAAAUGUGUUAUUUGAAACUUUCCAUCAUUAUUGUAAACUUUAACUGCGUUUCAAUAUGAAAAUCAAAGUCAUAUUUUAGGAUUCAAAAUCUGUAUUUUUAAAACAUGGCUUGGCUUUGCAAAAUAAAACAGCUCUGUGUGUGAAGUA